CGGCGGCAGCGGCUCCCCUCGCCGCCCGCGGGGACCCAGUGCUGCCCCGCCGCGCCCGCCCGCUCCAUCGCACGCUGUUGUCAUGGAGGAGCCAAGAUGGCGGCGCAGGCCUACACCCUGGGCAAGCGGGAGAUCAACCACUACUUCAGCGUGAGGAGCGCCAAGGCGCUGGCGCUGGCCGCCGUCCUGCUCCUCGCCGCCUGCCACGCCGCCUCCCGCCGCUACCGAGGUGAUGACACAUGCGAGUAUCUUAUGUCCAGUGGAAGAUUUCUUGGAGAAAAAGUAUGGCAGCCCCACAGCUGUAUGAUGCACAAGUACAAAAAUAGUGAAGCAAAAAAUUGCCUUAUAGACAAACAUAUUGCAUUUAUAGGAGAUUCUAGAAUUCGACAGCUGUUUUAUUCGUUUAUAAAACUCAUAAAUCCUCAAGUCAAAGAAGAAGGAAAUAAGCAUGGAAACAUUCCUUUUGAAGAUAAAUCUGCUUCAAUUAAAGUGGAUUUUCUGUGGUAUCCAGAAGUUAAUGGCUCUAUGAGACAGCGUAUCAAAUCUUGGACUGAGGCUGCCACGGCAAAACCUCAUAUAAUUGUAGCAGGAGCGGCCACGUGGUCUAUCAAGAUUCACAAUGGCAGCAAUGAAGCCCUCACACAGUAUAAAAUCAAUAUCACUUCGAUUGCACCUCUUUUGGAAAAAUUAGCAAAAAGUAGUGAUGUUUACUGGGUCUUACAAGAUCCUGUUUAUGAAGAUAUGCUGAGUGAAAGUCGGAAGAUGAUCACUAAUGAGAAAAUAGAUGCUUAUAAUGAAGCAGCUGUUCGUAUUCUGAACAGCAGCUCCCGAAAUUCCAAAGCUAAGGUUAAAGUGUUCAGUGUAUCGAAGUUGAUAGCACAAGAAACUAUCAUGAAAUCUUCAGAUGGCCUGCAUCUCCUUGAAUCAAGCAGAGAAACAAAUGCAAUGAUUCUCAUGAAUGUCUACUGCAAUAAGAUUUUGAAGCCCAUUGAUGGCUCUUGCUGCCAACCUCAGCCUCCUCUCACGCUGAUACAGAAGUUAGCUUUCUGUUUUUUUAGUUUAUCCGUUAUUGGAUAUUUAAUUAUCAAUUUAAUUCAUCGGAAUAAUUAUCGGAAGAACAAAUCAUGCCCUGACUUGGAAAAUGGAGAGGAAAAGAAACCUGCCAUCAGUACUCCUACUGUUUCUACUCUAGAGAUGCUGUUACACUCCUUCUGCAAACUUGGUCUAAUCAUGACCUAUUUUUAUCUGUGCGACAGAGCAAAUCUUUUCAUGAAGGAAAAUAAAUUUUAUACACAUUCAUCUUUCUUCAUACCAAUCAUCUAUAUCUUGGUUUUGGGGGUAUUUUAUACUGAAAAUACCAAAGAGACUAAAGUGUUAAAUAGAGAACAGACUGAUGAAUGGAAAGGCUGGAUGCAGCUUGUUAUUUUGAUUUAUCAUAUCUCUGGAGCAAGUACGUUUUUGCCUGUGUACAUGCACAUUCGAGUUCUCGUUGCUGCAUAUCUGUUCCAAACAGGUUAUGGACACUUCUCAUAUUUUUGGAUAAAGGGGGACUUUGGUGUAUACAGAGUGUGUCAGGUUUUAUUCCGUCUCAAUUUCUUGGUUGUGGUACUGUGUAUAGUGAUGGACCGACCUUACCAGUUCUACUACUUUGUGCCAUUAGUCACUGUUUGGUUUAUGAUCAUUUAUGUCACCUUAGCUAUAUGGCCUCAGAUAGUCCAGAAGACAUCAAAUGGGAACUGCUUCUGGCACUUUGGUUUACUGCUGAAACUGAUUUGCUUACUCAUAUGUAUAUAUUUUCUGUCAUAUUCUCAGGGUACAUUUGAGAAGAUAUUUUCUUUUUGGCCGUUGUCCAAGUGUUUUGAACUGAAUGGGAAUGUCUAUGAAUGGUGGUUUAGGUGGAAGUUAGAUCGCUAUGUGGUGUUUCAUGGGAUGCUGUUUGCUUUUAUUUAUCUCACAUUGCAGAAACGUCAGGUGCUUUCAGAAGGAAAGGGAGAGCCUCUUUUCUCCAGCAGAAUUUCAAAUGUUUUGUUAUUUAUUUCACUUGUAUGCUUUUUGACCUACUCUGUUUGGGCUAGUAGCUGUAAAAACAAAAAUGACUGCAAUGAACUGCAUCCUUGUGUUUCUGUUGUGCAGAUUUUAGCUUUCAUUCUCAUCAGGAACAUUCCUGGAUACGUCCGCUCUGUAUACAGCUCAUUCUUUGCCUGGUUUGGCAAAAUUUCUUUAGAGCUUUUCAUCUGCCAAUACCACAUUUGGCUGGCAGCAGACACGAAGGGGAUUUUGGUGCUCAUUCCUGGAUAUCCAAUGCUUAACAUUAUGGUCAGCACUUUCAUAUUUGUGUGUGUGGCACAUGAGAUUUCUCAGAUCACUAACGAUCUAGCACAGAUUGUUGUUCCUAAAGAUAACCCAACUCUGCUGAAAAGGUUGCUAUGCAUAGCUGGAUUUUUUUCUGGACUACUACUCUUCUCAGCCAUUCAAGAUCAGUCGAGGCAUUAACUUAAAAACGUUCUUGAAAACUGUCUUCAGGUUUACUUUGUGUCUGCCUGAAAAUACUCAAAUGGAGGUACAAGAAGACAUUUAAACAAAGUGUGUGGAAAAUGUAUAUAGUGGAAAUGUACAUAUUUUGUGUGGAAAUAGCCGCCUUCUCUCAAAGAAUCUGAGAAACAGGAAUGCACUGUACAGAAUUGCAUGUGAAAUUAAGUCUUUUCUACUGGAUAUAAAUUUCUGUUUACAUAUCUGCUUAAAUGUAACAUGAAGAAGUGAAGUUAGAUGGUUUAGCAAUACCAUAUGGUAUCAUGGAAUUAACUUUACCUUGGGACAACAGACUGAAUGGUGGAUAUUUACUAGUAUACUGCAUAUACAUAACAUACUGCAAUCGCUCUCAUCAAGGAACUGUUUUUAUAAAAAGAGAGCAAAAUUGUGAUCCUUAGUCAAUGGUUACCUUUGGCUGAUGUGAAACAAGAAGUUACUUCUCUGGUAAUCUAGGGUAUUUUUCUAAAAAAAAAAAAAAAUCAUAAUUUCUUGUUUUGGAAUGAGUAUUUUCGAUGCAGCUAGUAUGUGCUAUAUGAAGCUCUUUAUACAUUGAAACGAAAAGUCAUCACCAGUUUAGUGAUUUAAGAUUAUACCCAAGUUUACAUAAUGUUUUGUGGGUUUUUUAAGACAUUUUCAGCAAAUAUGGUGAAUUCUAAAAUUAAAUUAUUGUUACAGAUAUACAGGCAAUUUUAUUUUGAUUUUUCCUAGAAUUGUUUGCUUUUUAGUAAGUUUUCCACUAAUUCAUUUAACUUUUACAGUUCUCUGUAGAAUCCCAGUGAAAAAACAGAUGAAUAGUUUGCAGAGACUCAGUUGAAUAUUGAGACGUUCUGGAAAACUUCCAUCGUUUCGCAGUCAGAUGAAAUACCAUCAUACCCACUUCUUCAGAUCUUACAGGGAAGGAAGAGCAGGGGAACAUUCAUUUUUGAACCUGUCUCUGAGUUUGUAGGUGACUUUGAACUAGGUCUCACUAGGAAACUGGUACCAUAUUCUAUCCUGUAAUAAUAUUUUCAUUUCAAAGGAUAGAAGUCAAUCUGUUGAUAUCAUGCGGAUGAGGAUUGAGUGGUGUUCCUGUUACAUGCAGCUAGUUCAGACUCUUAAAAUUUGAAUGAGACAAGCUGUUUGACUGAACCUGAUUUCCCACGCUGUCUAGCAGUGCCCAUCUUUCAUUACCACAGAUCGAACUCAACCCAGUUUUAACUCUUUCCUUUAGUAUAAAAAGUAAAAAUGAAAGAAAUAGCACUUCCAUGUGGAAGUGCCAGGUUGUAGUUUAAGUUUUACUGAUUCAGUGGAGUUAGGAUGAUUCCUUCCUUGUUUGUGGUUUCGGUUUCAGUAAUGCUCUAGGCUUCAGUUGCUUCUACUGAUUACUUUUUAACAGUUGAAAAAUGAAUACAGUAUUGUUUUCCAAGCAUAUGUGCAAUUAUAUGUAAUUUUAAACAAGAUCUUAAUUUAUACUGUAUAUAUUCCAACACAUGCAUGUUUUUGAUGUUAUCUCAGUUGAAAAAAGGAAUUCAGACUUGCAGCCAAAAAUGACUGCAAAAUAAUUUCUGUGAAAGAAUGGCUUCAAAUUUUGUAAUAGAAAAUAAAAUACCUUAAGGAAGAUGGGUCCGUUCAAUCAGAAAAAGAUAUUCAUUCAACUGUCCCAAGAUUGAUUUAUUGAGCAAUUUUGCUAAGUCAGCCAGCUAUUUUGAUAAGCUAUUGGAAAGAUAACUAUUUGUUAAUUUGUGUACAUUAUUUCCAAUGUUUGGGAAGUUAUCUUCAUUUAUCAGUACAUUUGAAUUACUGAAAGAAAUGGUAUAGAUGAAUGCUGUGGUUGUGGAUAAAAUGCAUAACCUUCACCUAUACCAGCAUUAGAAGCAAGGAAGAACUGUGAGUUUAAGGGGUAUUUUUUUGUUUUGUUUUUCACAAGCUAAGUAUUGUAGAUACAGUUUUAUUUAUCAGUUGUACAGAUUUGGUUAAAAGAUUUAUUUUUAAUGUUUGAAUUAAUGCACUUGUUUGCUGUAUGUGGGAUAAAUGUAUUUUCUUUUAAGGUUAUGUGAAACUAUGAAGUAAUUUAAACAUUAAAUAAAUGUGCUGUGGAUGCUUAUUUUUGUAAUGGGAGGAGCAUCAAUUAAGUAAAGCUUUUUAUUGUUUGACUCUA